UGAGCCAGCACAACGUACGUCACCCGCAGCUCUCCCUCGAGAGCCCAUUGUUGUCUAAUCUCUCCCUUUUAUCAGGGACGGCCUUGAGUAACCCAUAAUCAUACGGCGUUUGCUCUGAUACAAAAAAGAAAGAGCGUCGUUGAAAAUGCUGCAGCUGGCAGCGUGGGCGAAGCUUCCCGUGCGGCAGUUGAUAGCAGGCGCCGCAAGCGUUCGGACUGCUGCUACACUUCGUCGUCUGCCCCAUCCUACCCGUUCGAGUCGCACCAUGGCUUCUUCCACCAAUGCCGAUGGGACAUUGGUUGCCAAGGACGAGAUGAAGUCUUUUAUUGUGCGAUGCAUGGAGAAGGUCGGAACGGACAGUGUCCAUGCGCAGACAUUGGCCGACGUCUUGGUGGCCGGAGACUACAGGGGCCACUUUAGCCACGGGCUCAACAGGCUGCAAAUGUAUGUCAACGACGUCGAGAAGGGAGUGUGUGAACCGACGGGAGAACCGAAGAUCUUGAACGAGUUGGCAGGCACGGCUUUGGUCGAUGGCAACAACGUGCUGGGACCGGUCGUGGGCAAGUUCUGCAUGGAGCUGGCCAUCAAGAAGGCCAAGGACGCGGGAGUUGCCUGGGUGGUUGCAAGAGGCUCCAACCACUAUGGCAUCGCCGGCUACUACAGCAUGAUGGCAUCUGCACAGGGAUUGAUUGGGAUGUCCUUCACCAAUGCUUCACCCCUCGUGGCUCCGACAGGAGGCAAGAAGAAAUUCUUGGGAACCAAUCCGAUCAGCGUUGCUGCGCCAGGGAAGAAUGGAGACGAAUUCGUGCUCGACAUGGCAACGUCUGCAGUGGCGCUCGGAAAGGUCGAACUCCAGCACCGCAAAGGCGAACCAAUUCCAGAGGGCUGGGCAAUCAACUCUGAAGGAAAGGUGGUCACGAAUACCAAGGAGGCCCUCGAUGGCGGCGCCCUUUUGCCACUAGGAGGCACGGCCGAGACCAGUGGAUACAAGGGCUACGGAUUGGCCCUGAUGGUGGACCUCUUCUGCGGCGUCCUGAGCGGGGCAUGCUACGGAACCAACGUCCGAUCCUGGCUCAACGUCACGGACCCCGCAAACCUGGGUCAGUGCUUCGUGGCCAUCAACCCUGCUGCGUUUGCACCGGGCUUUGCCGACCGCAUGCAAGGGCUCAUGGAUCAAGCGCGAUCCCAAGUUCCCACGGACCCCGAGUGUCCUGUUCUCGUUCCCGGCGACCCCGAACGCAAGCACAUGAAGAAGUGCGAUGACCAAGGCGGCAUCCGCUACCACGUCAACCAGAUGAAGUUUGCGGACGACCUUGCGGCAACACUUUCGGUCGCCCCCCUCAAGAGGAAAUGAUGGAGAUGUAACAAACAUUAAAAACAUUCAUCGCUU